GUCACUUAACAAGGAUUUCGCGUUCUGCUUUGUGAGCUGUCAGCCACGUCACCUGGUCUUGCAGAAACUUUACUUCCAGACAACUGGCUUGUGAGCUGAUGCUAAGUGGUGCUUGUUUUGGUUUUGUUUACGAUUCGGCACACAUCGACGGUUACGUGAACAGCGAUCAACGCUAGGCAUCUUUUUGUAGCCUUUUUCAUAAGCUCGCAACGCGAAUUGCAUUUACUUGUCGGCCCAGUGGCCACAGUUAUUCAACUUAAUCAAGGUGUACUGUAACUGAAUAGGAAACACAAGAUGAACGUGUUUCGCCUGGCUGGUGAUCUGUCGCAUCUAUUGGCCAUCAUUAUUCUCUUAAUAAAAAUAUAUAGAUCCAGAUCAUGUGCAGGCAUCUCUGGGAAGUCUCAGGUGCUGUUUGCGCUUGUCUUCACCACCAGAUACCUUGACCUAUUCACCAUAUUCAUUUCUCCUUACAACACAGUCAUGAAGGUGGUGUUUUUGGCGCUGUCCUACGCGACCGUGUACAUGAUCUACAUGCGCCACAGGGGCACUUACGACUCUGAGAAUGACUCGUUCCGUGUGGAGUUCCUGUUGGUACCAGUUAUUGGCCUUUCCUUACUGGAGAACUACGCGUUCACGCCAUUGGAGGUCCUUUGGACCUUCUCGAUCUUCUUGGAGUCUGUGGCCAUCAUGCCGCAGCUCUUCAUGAUCACCAAGACGGGCGAGGCAGAGUCCAUCACCACCCACUACUUGUUCUUCCUUGGCCUGUACCGAGCCCUUUAUAUCGCCAACUGGUUGUGGCGCUACCACACAGAGAACUUCUUUGACCAUAUCGCCGUGGUGGCGGGCGUCGUCCAGACCAUUUUCUACUGUGACUUCUUCUACCUUUAUGUCACAAGAGUGCUAAGGGGGAGAGGAAAAAUGAGCUUGCCGAUGCCCGUUUAGUCACCGGUCGGAGCGCACAGACCACCCCCUCGACUGUACGACUUUAACUCUGGGGACAGAUGAGCUGACAUUCCUUCGACCAAAACAAGUGCUUUACUCCGAAUGUAAUUCCUGCCUGGCUGGUACUUCUUUUCGGUCUUUGUAUGUUGACGAUGUAUCGCAUGUUUUUACAUGCAGCCUACAUUUGGGCACCUUUACCAUCACUAUAUGAACACCAUUUGCUUUCAUAAUUGAUGUCGCAAAGACAAACGAAUGCAGUUUCAUGUACUAUGAACCGAUGAAUUGUAGACCCCCCCCCCCCCC